AUGUCGCAAAAAAAGGAAAAAGUAUGGACCUAUGAAGAAAUAUCAUCACCUCAUAUUAUGUUUUUCAAAAUAUUUGGGUUAGUGCCGCUUGAAAAAAAACUAUUUAAUUUCAUCGACGCCAAAUUUCUCAGAAUGGAACCAAUUGAAUUCUAUUUAAUCUUAACAGCAUGUGGUUAUUUAAGAUCUCUUCAAACUAGAUUAAUUUUAAUGUCAGAAGGUCAGAAUGAGAUUAACACGAAUAGUAAAGAAAAUCCCUAUACAAUUGAAUUAAUGUACCAUGAGAUAGUUAAAUGUGCUAAGUUUCAUCAAAGUAUCAUGUUGUAUAGUGAGGAAGUGGAAGAUUUUAUGAGAAGUAUAUAUUUUGUUUGCGUUGCAACUAAUAUUUAUAACAUAUCUUUUGUUGGUAUAUCUUUACUGAAGGAAACUGAUGAACAAUCAGUCAAAUGGUUUAUACUUCUUAUAUGGAACAUUGCUCAAUUUUAUACAUAUCAAUGGAGUCCUGAAUAUCUUUUAACGGAAAGUGAAGCUAUAGUAUAUGGAGCGUAUCAUCUACGAUCAAAACUGAUUGGGCAGCACCGAAAAUCUGAUAAAAUUCUUCAUUUCCUAAUAAUGAGAGCACAAAAACCAAUUCAAUUAACUGCUGGUGGAUAUAUAAAACUUUCCUUGGAAACAUUUACCAACAUGAUUAAAAGUGCCAUUUCAUUAUUUACUCUUCUUCGCACAUUUGACAUCUAG